UUUAUCUUGUAGGCUGUUUUCCUCAUCAAAUGCCUGAGCGUUCACCUGCUUCGCUGGCAGCCUGGCCUCCAUGUUGUUUCCUCCAGUCUCCUGCUAGCUGCACCCACGCUUCGCCAUAACUCGCAGCUGUUCAUAGUCAACCUUCUUUGUGCUAUUUAGCGUGCCACGUGCGCUUCUCCUCCCGCCUAAAAUUCGCUUAUCGUUUCCGCGUUUGACUCGCUGUUUUUCCAGUGGAUUGUGUUGCUCCUCCGUGGAAGAAGAAAACACGUCGGAGGAGCGAGAUAUCAAGCGAGUCUCGUCAUGGCGACCGAAGUGGGCGCUUUGUCUUCAGCUCAGCAGGCGGAGGGGAAGCUCUCUCAGGACAACAAGCAGGAAAAGGCGGCGCGGGCCUACGACGACGACAACGACGACGAACUGAACGAGGCGGAGGUGAACGGAAACUGGACGCCCCAGGAGAAAGCCCUUCACGAGGCGCGUCUCAAAGCCAAAGCCAAGCGACGCCUGCGCAAGACCUCGUCCCGAAACUCCACCAGCGAGUCCCUCUCGGAGUCGGGGGACCCCACUGGAGGCGACAGUCCGAAAGGGAAGGUCUGCACCAAUGACCGCAAAUCUAGAACAGGCAAAGGCAGGGGCCUGCCGAAAAAAGGUGGAGCGGGUGGUAAAGGAGUUUGGGGCGCUGCCGGGAUGGUUUAUGAGAUGGAGGAACCUGAUGCACACGACCCCAACUACGAUGAAUCUGCUCAGGGAGAUACAGUUUACGCAACAGUUGUUCCCGAAGUAGAUGAGAAGGAACUAGAAAAAUUGGUCAACCCAAUCGUCCAGGAGUACUUUGAACAUGGAGAUACGAAAGAAGUCCAGAUGCUACUGAAGGGGCUCAACCUGGGACCCCACAAGUACGAGUUCUCCUCCGUGGCCGUCUCCUUGUCCCUGGAAGGCAAAGCCAGCCACCGAGAGCUGACCUCCCGUCUACUGUCCGACUUGUCCGUGAAGCUGCUGACCCAAAGCGACAUGGCCCGAGCCUUCGACAAGAUGCUCAAAGAGCUGCCCGACCUCAUACUGGACACGCCCGAGGCUCCUCAGAUGUUGGGCCAGUUUAUAGCCAGAGCCGUAGCGGAUCACGUCCUUCCCAUGUCGUUCCUGGACUGUUACAAAGGCACAGUGGACUGUGAGCAUGCCAGAGCGGCUUUGGACCGUGCCGAAGUGCUGCUGUCCAUGAAGAGAGGAAUGGUGCGUCUGGACAACGUGUGGGGAGUGGGAGGCGGCCUCAAACCUGUCAAACAUCUCGUCAAAGAGAUUAAUCUUCUGCUGAAGGAGUACCUGACCUCAGGAGACGUGUCGGAGGCGGAGCGCUGCCUACGAGAAUUGGAGGUCCCCCACUUUCACCAUGAGCUGGUCUAUGAGGCUAUAGUAAUGGUGCUGGAGUCCAAAGGGGACACUGCGAGCCAUAUGAUGAUAAAGCUGCUGCAGUCCUUCUGGAAAACAGGCCUCAUCACUGUGGACCAGAUGAACAGGGGCUUCCAGCGCGUCUACGAUGAGCUGCCCGAAAUAAACCUCGACGUUCCACACGCCCACUCCAUCAUGGAGACGUUUGUGGACCUCUGCUACCAGGAAUCUGUUAUCACCAAGCAGCUAAGAGACGACUGCCCCUCCAGAGGGCGGAAGCGUUUCGUAAGCGAAGGCGACGGAGGCGUGAUUAAAAACUAAUCCACGCAAUGAAGACACAACUCAGGAGGAGGAGAGGUAGUACGGGAUACCUCUGUGUAUAAUCUGGACAGGAGGCUGCAAGUUCCUCCCUUGAUGACAUCAUCAUCAUCAUCAUCACACAGCUUUUGGUGAAAGGAGACCUAAGAGCUCCCCUUUCCCUUCAUCUUGUUCAUCACUCUUUUUGAGCUUUUUUUUGUAAGAAUGAUCAUAUUUUUGGGGGGUUGAGUCCCUCACACCUCUCUUGUUACCCAGCGUUUUUGUACCUGGUAAAUAAUUCAAAUCACAGCUUCAAAAGACGGGAAGCGGACCUAUUGGGUGUGUUGGAGAUAAACAAGGGUGUUUUUCCUUUUGCAUUGCUUCACCAAAUGUAACUUAUCAGGUUUUAUUAAAUGGACAAAGCACUUAAAAGAAAACAUCCUAUCCAGUCAGUGAGCACUUUGUAAUGCAGCUCACCAAAAAGGAUCAAAGCAUCGUAUUUUUUCCAACCCCAAAUUCGAUCAAGUGCUUGUAAAUUUUUUUUUUUUUUUUUUUUGCAAAGCAAAAGGUGUUUGGGCGGUGAUUUGAAUAUCUUGCAUCAGGGGACACUUAUUGCAAGAACGUUCUGAAAAUGACAAUACAUUGGGUGUGUGGUGUUAAAAGGCUGGGGGAGAUGAGCAAGUCAGCAGGUAAAUGCAAAGCAAGAGAGAACCAGGCUGGAAAGUGUUUAAACAUGCAAUCUGUUCAUGUCCGUGCGUUGGCAAAAAGCCUUUUGGUUCUGUUCAACAUUCAGACUUCAUUGCUUUUCUGUCUGUAUCCGUUUUACUCGUUGACCAAAGUUUAUGUACAAAAAAUGUUAUUUCAUUCAUUAAAAAGGCAACACAAGAA